AUUCUACGAGUACUCAAACAGAGAAAUUCAGUCCAAUCAACUUAGCUCGUAUCAGCAUCACGCAAUCCAGCUUCACAAUGACCUCGUCGCAGCAGUAUCCCGAAUUCGCGAAUCAUGCCGCGACAAACGCGUCGAUCCCGUUCUGGAAGAAGGUCACCAGCCGACUGCAGUUCUCGCGACGUCGCGACAAUUACGCGCCAAAGCGCGUCUUCGCCCCUCUGGCGAGAACGUCACAGGAGCGCCUCGAUGCCUCCUUGACAGAAUCAUCAUUCGAUGCGACAACCCUCACACCUUCUGACGUGUCAGCAGCGCGCGAGAAAGGAAAGACGGUACUGUACCUUGCGUACGGGUCAAAUCUGUGCAAUGAGACAUUCAGAGGUGUGCGGGGCAUCAAGCCCAUCUCACAGGUCAACGUCCUGGUCCCAUCACUACGAUUGACAUUCGAUCUGCCCGGAAUUCCGUACAUAGAGCCAUGCUUCGGGAACAGUGCGCUGCGGACACCAGACGUACCCUACAGCGACGAUGGCGACAACGGCAACGCGAAGGGGCAAGACUACCACAAAGACCGCUGGCACAAGGGCUUAGUGGGUGUGGUAUACGAAGUCACACUCAGCGACUAUGCACACAUCAUCGCGACAGAAGGCGGGGGAUCGUCCUACAAAGACGUCAUGGUGGACUGCUAUGUCCUCCCAGACUCUGACACCGUCCCUACGUCGCCAUCCACGCUGCCCUUCAAAGCACACACCCUCUUUGCGCCUAGGCUAGACCAGAACAACAUGCGCGCCACAGAUCACCCUACCCGCCCAGACCCUAGCUACGCGCAGCCUUCCGCUCGCUACCUCAAGCUCAUCACCGACGGCGCCACCGAGUGCAAUCUCCCCGCAGAAUAUCAAGACUACCUUCAUGACAUUCGACCCUACACCAUCACAAGCAAGCGACAGGCAGCGGGAAAAGCCUUGUUCGCGGCGAUAUGGAUGCCUUUCAUUGUAUUCGUAUUCUCGCUGAACAAGAUGUUCCAGGACAAGAAGGGGAGAUCGCCUGCUUGGCUGAGCAAACUUGUGUCGCUCAUAUUCGCGGGUGUUUGGUUGAGCUAUGAUGGGGUGUUCAAGGAGGUGUUUGGGGAUGGCGAGCGAACUGUGGGGGACGAGGCGAUGGGAAGACGAUUCAGGCAAGAGUAUGGUGUUGGCGGCGAAGCCGAGAAAGAGGCGUUGCUUGAGGAAGUUGUAGAACUCAUGCACCAACAAGCAUGAAACCAGAAGACAAUAUAGGAGACAUGGGUUGGUGUUCAUACAGCUGUAGCCAGGAUGGCGGCCCUUAGUUAAGUGUACAAGCUGGAACCAAGUUGCACCAGAAUCCUACAACAAUUUGGCAAAUGCAUUCAACAUCGGUGCAGAAUGCAUGUGUUUUAAUGUCUAGCAGUAUAUGCCCAAUACACCCUUCUGUGAGUUCUAGGGUUGUGGUGUCGCUGCUUGUAGAUGAUAUAGAACCUAACCGAGAGCGUAGAACACAGGACCCAACAAGAUGGAAA